GUGUAUAUACUCAAAAAAAUUUGCUAUUUUUGCUCUUUCUCUCUCUUCUUUUAUUAAUUUUUUCUUCUCUCACUAGUUUUAAAUUCAUCUUCAACGACUCGAAUCCAUAUGUCUUAUCUCCAAACGCCAUAACUCUGAAUUCUCCCAAAAACCAAACAAAGCUUUUAGGGUUUUCGUAGAAAGGAUAUGAAGGAUCAGAAUUUGGACCUAUUCGACCCGAGAACGGCGGUCAUGGACCCGGAAUACUCCCCUACCCAUACCGGGGAACCCGAUUUCGCCUUUGCCUUCGACGACGUCAACUUCUCCGAUCGUAUUCUACGGAUCGAGAUCCUUGGAGAUUCAAUUGCCGGUGGUUCUAGUUCCAACGGCGGCUGCAGUAGCUUAGCCGAUUGGGCUCGUAAUCGCAAGCGCCGACGUGAGGAUUUCAGGAAGGAAAACGACAUGUACCACUCGUUUGCAGCUUUGGAUAUCACAGCAUGCCCUGAAGAUCAGAUAAUUUGCUGUAAUCAAAUUGAUAGUGAAGAUGCUGAUAACGAGAAUCAGGAUGAAGCAGUUGUUGCAAUGAUUGAAGAGCCAAACUCAGUUUUAUUAUCUUCUGUCUUCAAUGAAGUCGUGAAGAAGGGUGGUGUGGCGUGGCAUGGGCCGGAAAAGAUAGAUAAACCAUGUUAUGUGUUCUGUGCAGGAGAUGAAGCUGCUAAUAGUGAUGAUUCAACUUGGAAUUGUGAUUCUCCAAGGGUUAUGAGAGUUAAAACACUAAACAUUAGCUCCCCCAUUUUAGCAGCAAAGAGUCCAUUCUUCUACAAGCUCUUCUCAAAUGGGAUGAGAGAGUCUGAGCAAAGACAAGUAACUCUACGGAUCAAUGCUUCAGAGGAAGCUGCAUUGACGGAGCUCCUGAAAUUUAUGUAUAGAAAUAUGUUGACUACAAAUACAGCGCCUGGAUUGCUUGACGUGCUCAUGGCUGCUGACAAGUUUGAGGUUGCAUCUUGCAUGAAGUAUUGCAGCAGGCUACUGUGUAAUUUGCCUAUGACUCCGGAGUCAGCCUUGCUGUAUCUGGAGCUUCCUUCUAGUGUCCUGAUGGCUGAUGCAGUUCGGCCAUUGACUGAUGCAGCAAAACAAUUCCUAGCUGCAAGAUACAAAGAUAUAACCAAGUUCCAAGAAGAGGUCAUGAAAUUGCCUCUUGCUGGUAUUGAGGCAAUUUUGUCCAGUGAUGACCUUCAGGUAGCAUCAGAAGAUGCAGUAUAUGACUUUGUCUUGAAAUGGACAAGGGCUCAUUAUCCCUUGAUAGAGGAACGCCGAGAAAUUCUUAGUUCAAGACUUGGUCGCUGCAUCCGGUUUCCUUUCAUGAGCUGCCGGAAACUUAGGAAGGUUCUUACAUGUAAUGACUUUGAACAUGAGUUUGCAUCCAAACUAGUGCUUGAGGCCCUGUUUUUUAAAGCCGAGGCCCCACACCGCCAACGAACUCAAGCUGCAGAAGAAUCAGCUUCGACCAGUCGUCGUUUUGUCGAGCGUGCAUACAAGUAUCGGCCUGUUAAGGUGGUUGAGUUUGAACUUCCACGCCAACAAUGUAUAGUCUACUUAGAUCUUAAGCGGGAAGAAUGUGCUAAUCUUUUUCCAUCUGGGAGAGUAUAUUCUCAAGCUUUUCAUUUGGGUGGACAAGGGUUUUUCCUGUCCGCACAUUGCAACAUGGAUCAGCAAAGCUCUUUCCAUUGUUUUGGUCUCUUUUUGGGAAUGCAGGAAAAGGGUUCAGUUUCAUUUACAGUCGAUUAUGAAUUUGCUGCGAGGACAACACUAGCAGAGGAGUAUGUCAGCAAAUACAAGGGAAACUAUACAUUUACUGGGGGUAAGGCAGUUGGCUAUCGCAAUUUAUUCGCCAUACCCUGGACUUCUUUCAUGGCUGAGGACAGUCUCUAUUUUAUUAAAGGCGUACUCCAUCUCAGGGCUGAACUUACUAUCAGGCACUGAUUUUUCUCUCCUCCUACCAUUUCAAUUACUACUGUUGUUGUUUUGCUUAUUAGCUGAGCCUCCCGAUUCCCGAUCUUUUUUCUUGGCUUUUGAUCAAGCAAAAGAAGUGUAACGUGUAGGUGUCGGUACUAACUGCCGUAGGUAUUAAAACGUUUCGUAAUGUUAUCCUUUUGACCAUAGUAGUUUUAUCCCUGUGCUCUAUAAAACAUGAGAAAGGAUGUAAAUGGAAUUCAGUGAGUGAGAAAUGUUUGAUUGUUCUGACCCUGUUUUAAUGCAAUACAAGGCACAGAGGUGAACAUUGUGAAUAGGUUAUUUGAUUUUUAA